ACGACAGAAUAUUAAAUAUCUACAAUAUUACUCGUUAACUCUCUUGAGAUAUAAAAUGACGUGCUUCCUGUGCACCCAGUGCACGGAAGGCACUGCUGGAAAUAUAGAUUUUGAUUCCAAAGAAGCCCAGUUGCUGAAUGUAAGGUGUAUAAUUGAAAAGCAUUUCUGGCGGCUAAGGACUGCAGAUGGCAUCGGGGACAUGCAUUGCAUUUGUGCAAUGUGUUGGGAACAGCUCUCGUCAUUUCACAGCUUUUAUUUAAGCGUGGAGCAAGCGCACAUGGCAUUAACCAUAAGCGAUAUUAAAACAACUCCAACAGUCACAGUUCUUCCAGUGGAGGCAAUAUUGGGCAAAGGAACUGCUGCUGCUUACUCUGAGGAUACGAAGGGAAAUUGCACUGAAAUCGAAACUGUGGUCGCAACCGUCAAACGUCGACGUGGACGUCCGCCUAAAGCAAAGCCCAAGCCUCCCACACCUACACCCAUGCCGCUUCCAACUGUGCCUGAUACGGAAACCACUGAUGAUGCAGUAUGUGACAACGGUAGCGAUCUAAAAGCCGUUCUGGAGCAGAUCAAUUUGAACGAGAUCAAAAUAGAAUUUCCUGAGGCCGAUCUAACCAUGGCUGAUGUGCUGGAAGAUCAGCAGGAGGAAGAUGAUGAGCACGAUGUAUCUGAUUAUGCGCCGCCAAGCGCCUGCGAUAGCGAGGACGAGAAACCCACACGGAAGAAACCUCGAAAAACUGCAAAGUCUUACAAAGGCAAGCCAAAAGGAGCGGGCAUUCACAACAUACAAAAGUCGCAAGAGUUUAAUGAAUAUAUCAAGGAGCACUACAAAGUCCACUGCCACGUUUGCAGCACCCCCAUGGAGGAUUUCUCCGAGAUGUUAGUGCAUGCUCGCCAGGAGCACAAGACUCGGGGCUAUGCAUUAUGUUGUGGUCGAAAAUUUUGGAAGAGAGGGGUACUGGUCGACCAUCUGCGACGACAUCAGGACCCCGAACUCUUCAAAUGUCACAUAUGUGAGCGUGUGAUGGGACAACGAAGAAGUCUGGAACUUCAUUUGCGCAUGCACGACAUUAAGAAACGAGGUCGGCUCCUCAAGUGUGAACAAUGUGGGAAGAGCUUUUUCAGUUCGGUGGUGUUUGAAAGACACAAAUUGACGCACAUUCCCAAGGAGCAGUGGCAAGCUACCUGCUCUACUUGCGAAAAAACCUUCCCCAACGAGUACACAAUGCAGCAGCACGUUAAGUUGGUGCAUUUGAAUAUGUAUGCAAAGAUCUGUGACGUUUGUGGCAAGUCAAUACGGGGGCGAGAAGCUUUGGCCCGCCACAUGGAGGAGCACACGGGCGCGCCAUCAAAGCCUAUUAAGUGUCAUCUCUGCGGCUCCGCUCUAACAACCAAAUAUGGUCUAGCACGCCACAUUAAAAUGAUGCACACUGCCGAGAAUUUAGAGCCUAGACAGUGUGAGAUUUGCUUUAAAAUUUCACCAACUCUGCAGGCACAUCUUCAUCACAUGAAGUACACCCACAAUACGGCGCGAACCCACCAGUGCCCGAUGUGCGAGAAGGCGUUUAAACGGCCCAAUGAGCUGCGAGAACAUCUAACCACGCACACCGGGGAAGUUUUGUACACGUGUCCGCAUUGCCCGAAAACGUUCAACUCUAAUGCCAACAUGCAUGCACAUCGCAAGAAAGUGCAUCGCAAGGAAUGGGAGGAGAAACGACGCCAUCAUCCCCGUAAGAGUGAUUCAACAAUUUCGUUAAGUGCGCACAAAACACCGACAACGACGGGCGGUAAUGAAACCACACAACUGCUGCAACUUCAGGACGUAGAUGUUGAUUAAAAGGCAUUUGCUAUAUAGGUAAUAAAGAUCGAAAAGCGAUUUCGGCGCAAUACA